GAGUUUACGGCUCGAGUCCGCGUUUUGACUCUCUGAUCUGCACGCAUACACUCUCCCUAUUUAUGCGUCUCUGUCUCUCUCUCUCUCUCUUGCAAUUUACAACGACAAAGUCCUUUCUCUGGCCUGGCCUGCCUUAUUUUCUCCAAAAGAUAAAAAAUAAAAUUGGGAAAAUUGAGUAGAAUUUCAAGAAUUUAUACGGGUCCGAUUGCAAAUCAAUUUCUUUUAUUCGCUAUCAGUUCAGCCGAUAACUUCGAGGUUUUUCUUCAAGGUUUGAUGCUGAACAGCUAAUGGUUGAUUUUUCUGGAGCUCUUAUGUAUAUGAAUAGUUGUAUUUCUUUUCUUUUUUCUUUUUUCAGUUUCUGUAGGGUAUUUUGGCUGAGGAAGAGAGACCAUUUUUUUGUAUCUUCAUUUACUGUGAAAGCAUAUACUGAGAUUGGAUUGGAUAAGUGCGCCUACUUGAUCGUCUGGAAUUUGUAGGAGGGCAUUCUGUUGUCGCUUAAGUGUUAAUGGAGAGCCUAGCCCAGUUGGAAGUAUUGUGUGAAAGACUUUAUAACUCGCAAGACUCAGCGGAACGAACGCAUGCUGAGAACACUCUGAAAUGCUUUUCCACGAAUAUUGAUUACAUUUCACAGUGUCAGUAUAUUCUGGACAAUGCUUUGACUCCUUACGCUUUGAUGCUGGCUAGUUCAAGCUUGUUGAAGCAAGUGACCGAGCAUAGUCUCUCCUUGCAGCUACGCCUUGAUAUCCGAAAUUACCUUAUAAACUAUCUGGCAAACAGAGGCCCUGAGCUGCAGCCCUUUGUGAUUGGAUCGUUAGUUCAGCUUUUAUGUCGGUUAACCAAGUUUGGAUGGUUUGAUGAUGAUAGAUUUAGAGAUGUGGCUAAAGAAUCGAUUAACUUUCUGAACCAGGCGACAUCGGAUCACUAUGCUAUUGGUUUGAAGAUAUUAAACCAGCUUGUCUGUGAGAUGAAUCAGCCAAAUCCAGGAUUGCCUUCAUCACAUCAUCGGAGGGUGGCCUGUUCCUUCAGGGAUCAAUGCCUGUUCCAGAUUUUCCAAAUAUCUUUGACUUCAUUACAUCAACUUAAAAAUGAUGCCAUCAACCGGUUGCAAGAAUUGGCUCUAUCACUGUCACUGAAAUGCUUGUCUUUUGAUUUUGUUGGGACAUCAAUUGAUGAAAGCUCUGAAGAAUUUGGGACUGUUCAGAUUCCAUCUUCUUGGAAGCCUGUGUUAGAAGACUUUUCAACGCUACAAAUAUUUUUUGACUAUUAUGCACUCACAAAGCCCCCUAUCUCCAAGGAGUCACUGGAGUGCUUGGUACGAUUGGCUUCUGUACGGCGCUCUCUCUUCACCAAUGAUGUCACACGUUCCAAGUUCUUGGACCACCUAAUGUCAGGAACCAAAGAAAUUUUACGAACAGGGCAAGGUCUUGCUGACCAUGAUAACUACCAUGAGUUCUGUCGCCUUCUUGGACGAUUCAGAGUUAAUUAUCAGUUGUCUGAACUUGUGACCAUGGAAGGCUAUGGUGAUUGGAUACGUUUAGUUGCUGAGUUCACGUCAAAAUCUCUGCUCUCCUGGCAGUGGGCCAGCAGCAGUGUGUAUUAUCUUUUAGGGCUGUGGUCGAGGUUGGUGAGUUCUGUACCAUACCUGAAGGGUGAUGCCCCAAGUUUGCUUGACGAAUAUGUGCCUAAAAUCACUGAGGGUUUUAUAACCUCAAGAUUGGAUUCUGCUCAGGCUGGCCUACCAGAUGAUAUUUCAGAGCAUCCACUUGACAAUGUCGACCUUCUUCAAGACCAGCUGGAUUGUUUUCCAUAUCUUUGCAGAUUUCAGUAUGAAAACAGUAGCUUGUUCAUUAUCAAUGUUAUGGAGCCUAUCUUACAAAUUUACAUGGAAAGGGCACAGCUUCAGACUGGUGAUAAGAGUGAACUUUCUAUAGUUGAAGCCAAGCUUGCUUGGAUUGUGCAUAUAAUUGCUGCUAUUUUAAAAAUAAAGCAAUCUGUUGGCUGCAGUGCUGAAUCUCAAGAAGUAAUUGAUGCUGAACUUUCUGCUCGCGUCUUACGACUAGUAAAUGUUGCUGAUAGUGGAUUACACAGUCAGAGAUGUGGUGAACUAAGCAAGCAAAGACUUGAUCGAGCAAUUCUCACAUUCUUCCAGAAUUUUAGGAAGUCUUAUGUGGGUGACCAGGCUAUGCAUUCAUCAAAGCAGUUGUAUGCCAGGUUAUCUGACCUUAUUGGACUUAAUGAUCAUCUGCUGCUGUUGGACUUUAUUGUUCAGAAAAUUGCUAGAAAUCUCAAAUGUUAUACAGAGAGUGAGGAGGUCAUCGACCAAACCUUGAGUCUGUUUUUGGAGCUGGCAUCUGGUUAUAUGACCGGAAAGCUACUUCUCAAGUUGGACACUGUGAAGUUCGUAAUUGCCCAUCACACUAGGGAGCAUUUUCCAUUCCUUGAAGAGUAUAGAUGCUCGCGGAGCAGAACGACAUUCUACUAUACUAUCGGUUGGUUAAUAUUCCUGGAGGACAGUGCAGCCCUCUUUAAGUCUUCAAUGGAUCCUCUGCUGCAAGUUUUCAUCACAUUGGAAUCAACACCGGAGACCAUGUUUCGAACUGAUUCUGUCAAAUAUGCUUUAAUUGGGUUGAUGAGAGAUCUAAGGGGGAUAGCAAUGGCUACAAAUAGUCGCAGAACUUAUGGUCUUCUCUUUGACUGGAUUUAUCCUGCUCACAUGCCAAUUCUUCUAAGGGGAAUCUCACAUUGGGCAGAUACUCCAGAGGUGACAACUCCAUUGCUGAAAUUCAUGGCCGAGUUUGUGUUAAACAAAGCUCAACGAUUGACUUUUGAUACUUCAUCUCCAAAUGGCAUACUUCUUUUCAGAGAAGUUAGCAAACUGCUUGUCGCAUAUGGCUCAAGGAUUUUAUCGCUUUCUAAUGCUACUGAUAUCUAUGGCUUCAAAUACAAGGGAAUAUGGAUUUCCUUAACUAUUCUUUCAAGGGCACUUGCUGGAAACUAUGUCAAUUUUGGUGUAUUUGAACUCUAUGGUGAUAGAGCACUUGCUGAUGCACUUGAUAUUGCACUUAAAAUGACACUGUCAAUUCCACUGGCUGACAUUUUGGCUUACAGGAAGUUAACAAGGGCAUACUUCGCAUUUUUGGAGGUUCUGUUCAACAGCCAUCUUGUUUUUGUAUUGAGUCUUGAUACACACACCUUCAUGCAUAUUGUUGGUUCACUUGAGUCAGGUCUCAAAGGUCUCGAUGCUGGUAUAUCCUCACAGUGUGCAUCUGCAAUUGAUAAUUUGGCUGCUUUCUACUUCAACAACAUAACCAUGGGGGAGGCACCCACGUCAGUUCCCGCAGCUAAUCUUGCCAGGCACAUUGCAGAGUGCCCAGCUGUGCUCCCUGAAAUACUCAAAACCCUGUUUGAGAUUGUUUUAUUUGAGGACUGCAGCAACCAGUGGAGUCUUAGUAGGCCAAUGUUGAGUUUGAUACUUAUAAAUGAGCAGAUGUUUACCGACUUGAAAGCUCAUAUUUUGGCUUCCCAGCCUGUUGAUCAACAUCAGCGCCUUAUUUCUUGUUUUGACAAAUUGAUGUCUGAUAUCACCCGGGGCUUGGAUUCAAAGAACAGGGACAAGUUUACCCAGAAUCUAACCAUUUUCAGGCACGACUUCCGUGUCAAGUAGCACCUCUCUCCACAGCCACCUUCUGCACAGCGAUCUAGCGCCUACUUAGCAGUUAAAGAUGCCAAUGUGGGUGCGUGAACCUUACAUAUCGAUUUUGUUGGUUUCAUCCAUGAAAGAAAGAGGAAUUGUUGCAUGAGUUGAUUCUGGUUUGCAAUGUAGGUUCCUUUUUCAUAUGGGGUCGGUAUUUAUCUGUAACAUAUAUGGAAGGCAUCUUGACAGGAUUCGAGGCUUCAGGCCUGUUAGGUUUUGCUGCUGGUGUAAUUUUGUGCAUGUAUAGAGAGAGGGGUUUACAUUUCUCAGCUCCCUAGUGUUAUAAGAAGAGUUAGCAUGGAAGGUAAUAUGUUCACAUGCAUCUGAUUCUUUAAUUUGUGGAUAACAGGGAGUAGAAGUAUAGGAUAGAGAUAUUGUACAAAAAUGUCACCCUUUGAGGACAAAGCUUCUUACAGUUCUCCCAUGUUACAUAUGAUUAGAUGUUGCAGUUUGGACAGUGUUUGGUUA